AUGUACCGGACAAAGCACUUCAGAUGGAAGCUGAUGCACGUUUGGGGGAUCCUGGCCCACCUGGGGCUCGUCGUCGCAGUGGCCAUCAACUACAUCUAUGAUCUCGACAAAGCCACGCGAUCCAUAACAUGGAGCCAUCUGACAGCCGUCGAGACGAACUAUAGGCCGCGUGAGCUUGCUCUGGUAGCCGCUUCGAGCGAUGUGUUUACCUUUGACCGGUCAACACAUGCGUUACUCAAGGCUUGCCUCAUUAUGGAUCAGUCUGACUGA